CGCCAGUCUACAUCACAUGACACUGGUCAAAAGUCUGCCCAUAAAGUGAUGACUUCGUUCAGAUGCACCACUGACAGUAAAGGAGUCUUUAUCUGCAGAAAUAUUUGACUUCCCCGGAGAGUAGAAAUGAGAGCUAAAGGGGAAACAACAGAACAGCAUUCCUAUUGUACAAGAUAGAGAGAAACUCUGCACAACCGUUGCAGGACUAAAAGUUUGGAGAUACUUGACAUCAGCAAAUCACGCAAUGUCUGAGACUCCUCAGCUUGAGCACAUCCCUGAAGACACAGGAAAGGGAUUGUCUAACGGAAUGGACACGAAACAGAAGGAGGAGCUGGAGCUGGCUGCGGUCUACGUAUCAGACGCCCAACACAACAGGAAUAUCUUCUUUGAGACCCAGCCACAAGCUGUCAGGUUGUAUCUCCUGUACAACCACUGGUUACUUGUGGUCCUGCUUUAUUUCUUCAUCAUGGUCAACCUUCUCCUGGCCGUAGUGGAGCAGCCUGCCCUCCUCCCUGUUCCUACCUGGGCCUCCAUGCUGGUAGAGUUGGUCUGCCUGUCUGUGUUCUCCGGUCGCCUGGUCCACUACGCCAAAGUCAUCCCACGGGACAAGUUCUGGAAGGACCCCAAAAACCUCUGCAUCCUGGUCAUACUUCUGCUGACCCUGGUGGACAUGAUCAUCUAUGGAGCGCUGAAGGCCACAGACAACUACUCUGUCCGCUGGUCUCGAGUGUUUCGACCACUGCUUCUAGUUAACUUCACAGAGGGAAGACAGCUGCGCAGAGCGUUUCGAAGUAUCCGGAAUGCUCUUCCUCAGAUCCUCUCCGUCUUCCUCCUCUUCAUCUUCAGCAUCCUCAUCUUCUCGCUCAUGGCUCUCAAACUAUUUGGAAAACGAGGACUGAAGACAAACAGCGGAAAGCCUUAUUUUACCAACUUCCUGGAGAUUGUCUUUGACCUCUACGUUCUGGUCACUACAGCCAACAGCCCGGACAUCAUGAUGCCCGCCUACAAUGCCAGCUCCUUCUUUGCCGUGUUCUUCGUCAUCUUCAUCCUCAUCAACACUUACAUCUUCAUGUCCGUUUUCCUCGCUGUCGUCUACAACAACUAUAAAAAAUACCUCAAGGAAGAGGUGCGACAGCUGGUGAGGACCAAGAGACAUAAAAUGGUGCGAGCCUUCGCCAUCCUGCAGGAGCGUCGCGAGGGAUUGGAGGAGCCGGUGGUAAGCCACGCCUCCUGGAACCAGCUGGUCCGUCUGGUCCAAGCAGACCUCUCCCACGCACACAGAGAGCUGCUGUGGAGCGUUGCAGACCAACACAACCAGGGAUACAUAGGUAAACUGGCGUUUGUCCAGCUGGCUGACCUGCUGAACAUCCAGGUGAUUGCGGUAAAGUCCCGCCCACACCCCCUGCAGCGCUGGAGCCCCUCCCUCUACCUGUCCACCCCCAGUCGCUGGCUCUGCCGUGCUGUCCAACACAGGGUGUUUGUGAUGGUCUAUGACGUCAUCAUCCUGGUGAACGCGGUGUUCAUUGGCCUGGAUGAGGAAGACCCUUUGAUCAGGAACAGUGAGUGGUUCUUCCUCGCCCUCUACCUGCUGGAGAUUCUCCUGAAGCUGUACGCCAUGGAACCCAGAGCCUUCUACUCCAGACACAACUUCUGGAACUGGUUUGAUACCAUCAUCAUCGUCUCUGCCCUGGUCGCUACCAUCAUAAACACAGCCAUGACAUCAGUUGGGGGCUACAGCAGUCGGCAGAUCUUGGACAUCGUCUUCACACUCCGGGUUCUCAGACUUAUCCGAGUCGUGGACAGCAUCAAGAGGUUCAGGGUCAUUAUAAACACUCUGAUUAAGAUCGGACCGACCAUGCUAACCUUCGCCCAGCUCAUCAUCGUGGUGUACUAUAUCUUUGCUAUGGUGGGGAUGGAGCUGUUUCAAGGAAGGAUUCAGUUCUUUGACUCUGACUCUCCGGGGAAGCUCUCCUGUGGGAACCCAGCCCUGCAGGAUAGCAGCUUCGCUCAGCUGAACUACUGCAAGAACAACUUCAACAACGUGGUGUCGUCCUUCAUUCUCCUUGUGGAGCUGACCGUGGUCAACCAGUGGCAUGUUCUGAGUAGCGGCUUUACUGCUGUCACUCACCCGUCAGCCAGACUCUUCUUCAUCCUCUUCCACAUCAUCGUGGUCAUCAUCAUCAUCAAUAUCUUCGUAGCGUUCGUCCUGGAGGCCUUCUUCGUGGAGUACACACUGGAGAAGAGCCUUCUGCACACCUCCCUGGAGAAGAGAAUACAGGAGCUGGGAGUGGCCCAGGAUGACUUAGGGCCUUCUAACCUGGUUGAUGCCAUGGAAACCACAGAUAACAACCUCAGAACUGGAGAACCCCAAACCAGACUGAUGUUCAAAAUCUCAUCCACAAGGUACCGGACCGUGGACAGUCUGCUUCAGCGGAUGUUUGAGGCGGAUCUUGACCCGGAGGACUUCGGUGGGGAAGACGACCCGGAAGAAUCUUCAAACUUUAACUUUUCAAAUCCAGUUUUUAGCUCGAUAUAAUAAUUGAUAUAAACCUGAUUAAAGCAUUUUCUAUAUGGUCAUAUCCGCGUGUAUCUGCCUUAGCCGUGUUCUGUAUUUUUGAUACAUAUCUGAUGAAAAUAUCUGUUUCUGAAAUGUUCCUGAUUAAAACGUGUUCUUUAUAUUCA